CACGUGUCAUCACGUCCUUAUGAAACCAUGAGAGUUGUUCCGCUAUGCACGAUUCUCACAUCAAGCGUGUUCAGUCUCGGGGCUCUUAUCUGUCUUGUUAUUGUGGGCUUAGCAUGCACCAGCCGCGGAGGCCCAAAACUCCGGGCAUUAGACUUUCUCCAGAUCAAUACCUAUAACCUGACGGAGAACAACAGCACCAACGGUGGGGUAAUCUGGGAGGCCUUGGUGACGGCUCGUCACAGGGGAAAAUUAGCGGACUGGUACUCGAUCGGCAUGCUGGGAUACUGCGCCGGCGACGAGGGGAACAAAACAGCACACACCUGCAUCAAGCCCCGGCCGGGCUACUGGUUCGACCUCUUAGCCAUCGGCGGGACCGACGAUAAAGCGGAGGAAAAGCUCCCGUCGUCCCUGCGCCGCUCAAUGGGCAGGUAUAAGAACAGCACCCAGUGGAUGCAGAUUCUGUACAUCCUGGCCACCGGCCUCACAACGGUCCAGUUGCUGGGUGCUGUGGUGUCCGUGAUCCGCAGCGGCAACGGUGCUGUCACUGUCCACGGCUGGCUGCUGUCUGGCAUCGCCUUUCUCUUCACGCUGGUGGCCGCCGCACUGAUAACAGUCAACUUUGUGUUGCUGCGGGGUAUUAUCGCGACAGAGCUGAAAUUACUGGGCUUGACAGCUAUAUGGGGUGUCCCGGUGUUUAUAGUACUAUGGCUCGGGCUCGCUCUGUCGUUUGUUACCUUGAUCGGCUGGACGCUGAUCGCGUGUUGUUGUCAAGGGGACCGGCGUCAGGCCCCCGGAGGUGGGUAUGCGCCUGCUGAGACAAUUGCAACACCCCUUCUUCAUCCUUCAGUACAACCUCAGCAGUAUUCUCUCCGUCCCAUGGCUCCUGCCUCGCCGGGUACCGCCUACGAGCCUUAUCGCCACGGAUAGAGAGUACGAAGCGCCCUGUCGGAGUAAGGCAACUAGCCUACUAGAAACUUACAGUCGGAUGGAUGGAAGGAUGAUCUCAUUUAACGUGACCCCUUGCCAAGGCAAUAUUCAGGCUACUACCACUAUAAAUACC